AUGGCCAGAAACAGGAAGGGAGCUCCCGCGCCUUGUGGCGCAAAGAACGCCAGAGGCGGACGAGGAGGUCGUGGGGGGAGGGGAUCCUUUCGUGGCCGCGGAAAUUAUUUAUCCACGUCACCACAAGUCAACUUCACCCGAGACGAAACUGUUGGAUUUACACUUGCCGACGAAGCCCGUCAGACCUCGCAACAUGAUCACUCCGCGUGGGGACACUCUAGCCUACGGUCGCGACCAGUGACAUUUGUAAGCGCUGGCCCUAGCGAGCCCCUGAAGUUGCUCGACGAGAUUAUGGACGGAGCGAAUCAAGAGUCGGAAACCACGGGAGCGAACGAAGAAAUACAAGAAGAUGAGGACCCCGACAGAAGUGAUGAGGAUGAGCUUAUAGGACCCGACGAUCUUGAAGAAGCCAUCCAAGAAAGGAUCACUGUAAAAGAUGACACAAUGGAUGCGCCCUGUUUCUUCUUCGAUCUGAAAGGAGACGGACUGCAGGAGAAACUCGACAAGCCGAAGAUCGAGAUACCCGAACGACCCUCUUCGAGAAGCAGCACCUCCAGUGAGGAGAUUAUACUGUUUAAGGGUCGAGGCGCCCCGAGAAAGCCCGAACCCGCGCCUGAUCUCGACAUGGUGCAGAUGCAAGCCGAGAUUCGUGUCGUCGAACAAGCUAUCACCAACGAGUUUACACGGUCGGAGCCAUCCCCAGCCCCGGAGUUUCUUACAGAAUCGUUGCGGAAUAGUAAAGCGACGAAGAAGGAAAAGAAGCAGAAGCAGCGUGACAAACGCAAAGAAAUCGAUCGCGUGAAGGAGGAAGAGGAUGAAAUCCUCGCCGACUACAUUGCAAAUUUGAAAGAGAACACCGAUGUGGACGAGUAUUUCAAAGAACUUAUACAGGGUGGCAUGGAUUCUGAUGCUAGUGGGUUGACCAACACCAAUGGUCAACAACGACUUACCAUAAAUGCGCAUGUCACAGAUGAAGAUGAAUCAGACGAAGACUCGGAGCACGAUUCUGACGCCAACAACGGAGAUGAUCCUGCAAGCGAUAUCGACGACGAGACAUUGGCCCGGUUGAUUGCUGGCCACGAGCUAGGGUAUGACCUGGGAAUGGAGGAUGUCAAUUUUGGAGACUCCCUGAGUGAUUCAGACUCUGAUGGCGAAGAACCCACCAAGAAGUCGAAGCGGCAGCAAAUGUUGGUUGACGACUUUGACAUGAUGGAUUGGGAUCGACCAAGCCUGCGCCCCCGCAAAGGCAAAGGGGCGAGAGCUCAGAUUAACUUCAAUCUCUCUGAUUCUGAACUAGAGGCAACACUCCAGACAAGCUGGAAGAACGACAGACUUAAGAAGUCGGAGCGUAAGAGACAGAGAGAGGAGAUGCGUGCACUUGGCAUGCUGGGCAAGAAAACUAACCCUGAUGAUCUGCGCAUCAAAUAUCCAGACGGAAUGAACAUGGACCAAGUUGGAGAUGAGAUGCGAACAUUCAUGAUCAGUGGCGAUGAACAGCUUAUCUUGCCCCCGAUGGACAAUCAUGCCCGUAAGAUAAUACAUGAGCUGGCGAAUAAGUUCAAAAUCAAGUCCAAAUCGAUAGGGAAAGGUGAUCAACGACGACCUACACUCUAUCGGACAGGACGUACGCUUCCAUAUGUCAAAGCAAUGUUUGAUCAAGCUUUUAAUCGCGUGAAUCGGAAGUAUCUCCCUCGACUGGACAAGAAGGGCAAGAAAGGCAAACGACUACCUCCCGUUCGUGGCGGUGCUUCUGUCGCAGCUGCCACAUAUCAAGAUGGUGAGGUUGUCGGUGGUUCAGCACCUGAACUUGGCAUUGAGAACCGUGGAAGAGCCAUGUUGGAGAAAAUGGGAUGGAGUAUGGGAACGGCACUGGGCGCAUCUGACAACAAAGGUAUCAUGCAACCGGUUACACAGACCAUGAAACGAUCCAAGGCUGGGCUGGGCUAG